AUGAAGCCGAAUCAGCAACGAGAGUCGAGGAAGGAACAUGGCAUGGGAUUUAUCGGUGAAAACACGAUGGGAGGGGAGAUACUCCAGGUGAGUCCUACGCUUUUCACUUGGAACAUGAACUCACGUAAAGGUGAUGAACGCCUUGAAUCGUCCGAGAUUACACCUGAUCUUAUAAUAGGACAGGAUCUUCUCAAUCAAGUCUUAUGCUGUGACACACCAGCGAUGAUCCUUCCAUCAGGACUCAUUUUAACCCCCACUAUAUUCGGAUACACGAUCUCCGGAUCGAGCAAGGUUACCUCUGCCAAAAUCAAAGACGAUUUUGUGCGCAGCACACAUUUCAACGUUGUGCCAAUCUCUACCGCAACUGAAGGACAGGAACGAAACAUUACGCGUAAGGUAGAUCCACGCCGUAAACACAUGCCUAGCCGAACGUCUAGAAGGAAACACCGGCAGCAAGCAACACAAACGAGCGAUAGCAGGAAGCAGGACUGUAUGAAGCUCGACAGCUCGUCAAAGUCUUCCGCACGUGCUCUGCUACUGCUGCCUUAUCGCACCGGAAGGGACGAGAAUACUACAGCCACAACUUCGGGAAAGAAUAUUUCGACUGCGACAACAGAAGUCAGCGCAGCAAGCCAAGAAUAA